CCUUGGCCCUGGGGGCCCCACCAAGCAAGUGGCAUGUGGCACCCCCAGGCCUACCUAGUGUCCUCCAGCCCGCUGCCCAGCACCCCCAGGAGGCUCUGACACCCUGGGGCACUUCUCCUGUGCACAGGACCACGUGGGGGUUUGCCAUGGUGACAUAACGGGGUGCAGAGGAAGGAAGGAGCGCACCCAGCCUGCGGACUGCGCCCCUGGCUGGGAGGAAGGGCCGGGGCCUGAUCCUCCACUCCUGGUGCCCACUGAGGGCCUCGCUUGCUAAGUCUCUGUGAAUUUGUUGGUCAGUGGACAACUCUGGUGUCUGCUGCCGCGGUGGGCCCUCUUGCUGGGGUGGCCAGGGCAGGCCAGGCCUCCGGUGGCCGAGGUAUCUGGGACCAGGAUGCCCGCCCUGGCGUGCCUCCGCAGGCUGUGUCGGCACGUGUCCCCACAGGCUGUCCUUUUCCUGCUGUUCAUCUUCUGCCUGUUCAGUGUUUUUGUUUCGGCCUACUACCUGUAUGGCUGGAAGCGGGGCCUGGAGCCCUCGGCGGACGCCCCCGAGCCUGACUGUGGGGACCCCCCGCCUGUGGCCCCCAGCCGCUUGCUGCCGCUCAAGCCCGUGCAGGCGGCAGCCCCUUCCCGGACAGACCCAUUGGUACUGGUGUUCGUGGAGAGCCUCUACUCGCAGCUGGGCCAGGAGGUGGUGGCCAUCCUGGAGUCCAGCCGCUUCAGGUACCGCACAGAGAUCGCACCGGGCAAGGGGGAUAUGCCCACGCUCACCGACAAGGGCCGUGGCCGCUUCGCCCUCAUCAUCUACGAGAACAUCCUCAAGUAUGUCAACCUGGACGCCUGGAACCGGGAGCUGCUGGACAAGUACUGUGUGGCCUAUGGCGUGGGCAUCAUCGGCUUCUUCAAGGCCAAUGAGAACAGCCUGCUGAGUGCGCAGCUCAAAGGCUUCCCGCUGUUCCUGCACUCGAACCUGGGCCUGAAGGACUGCAGCAUCAACCCCAAGUCCCCGCUGCUCUACGUGACGCGACCCAGCGAAGUGGAGAAGGGCGUGCUGCCCGGCGAGGACUGGACCGUGUUCCAGUCCAACCACUCCACCUACGAGCCGGUGCUGCUGGCCAAGACGCGCUCGUCCGAGUCCAUCCCGCACCUGGGUGCAGAUGCCGGCCUGCACGCCGCACUGCACGCCACCGUGGUCCAGGACCUGGGCCUCCACGACGGCAUCCAGCGCGUGCUGUUCGGCAACAACCUCAACUUCUGGCUGCACAAGCUCGUCUUUGUGGACGCUGUGGCCUUCCUCACGGGCAAGCGCCUCUCGCUGCCCUUGGACCGCUACAUCCUGGUGGACAUCGAUGACAUCUUUGUGGGCAAGGAGGGCACGCGCAUGAAGGUGGAGGACGUGAAGGCCCUGUUUGACACGCAGAACGAACUACGCGCACACAUCCCGAACUUCACCUUCAACCUGGGCUACUCAGGGAAAUUCUUCCACACAGGUACUGAUGCCGAGGAUGCUGGGGACGACCUGCUGCUGUCAUAUGUGAAGGAGUUCUGGUGGUUCCCCCACAUGUGGAGCCACAUGCAGCCCCACCUUUUCCACAACCAGUCCGUGCUGGCUGAGCAGAUGGCCCUGAACAAGAAGUUCGCUGUCGAGCAUGGCAUUCCCACAGACAUGGGGUACGCGGUGGCGCCCCACCACUCGGGCGUGUACCCCGUGCACCUGCAGCUGUACGAGGCCUGGAAGCAGGUGUGGAGCAUCCGCGUGACCAGCACAGAGGAGUACCCCCACCUGAAGCCGGCCCGCUACCGCCGCGGCUUCGUCCACAACGGCAUCAUGGUCCUCCCACGGCAGACCUGCGGCCUCUUCACACACACCAUCUUCUACAACGAGUACCCUGGUGGCUCCAGCGAGCUGGACAAGAUCAUCAACGGGGGCGAGCUCUUCCUCACCGUGCUUCUCAAUCCUAUCAGCAUCUUCAUGACGCACCUGUCCAACUACGGGAACGACCGCCUGGGCCUGUACACCUUCAAGCACCUGGUGCGCUUCCUGCACUCCUGGACCAACCUCCGGCUGCAGACGCUGCCUCCUGUGCAGCUGGCCCAGAAGUACUUCCAGAUCUUCUCAGAGGAGAAGGACCCGCUCUGGCAGGACCCCUGUGAGGACAAACGCCACAAAGACAUCUGGUCCAAGGAGAAGACAUGUGACCGCUUCCCAAAGCUCCUCAUCAUCGGCCCCCAGAAAACAGGCACCACGGCCCUCUACCUGUUCCUGGGCAUGCACCCAGACCUCAGCAGCAACUACCCCAGCUCAGAGACCUUUGAGGAGAUCCAGUUUUUUAACGGCCACAACUAUCACAAAGGGAUCGACUGGUACAUGGAGUUCUUCCCUAUCCCCUCCAACACCACCUCUGACUUCUACUUUGAGAAAAGCGCCAACUAUUUUGAUUCAGAAGUGGCCCCCCGGCGGGCAGCUGCCCUGUUGCCCAAGGCCAAGGUCCUGACCAUCCUCAUCAACCCAGCAGACCGGGCCUAUUCCUGGUACCAGCACCAGCGAGCCCACGAUGAUCCAGUGGCCCUGAAGUAUACCUUCCACGAGGUGAUCACGGCUGGGCCGGAUGCGUCCUUGAAGCUGCGCGCCCUCCAGAACCGCUGCCUGGUCCCCGGCUGGUACGCCACCCACAUCGAGCGCUGGCUCAGCGCCUUUCACGCCAACCAGAUUCUGGUCUUGGAUGGCAAACUGCUGCGAACAGAACCUGCCAAAGUGAUGGACACAGUGCAGAAGUUCCUUGGGGUGACCAACACCAUUGACUACCACAAAACCUUGGCGUUUGAUCCAAAGAAAGGAUUUUGGUGCCAGCUGCUUGAAGGAGGAAAAACCAAGUGUCUGGGCAAAAGCAAGGGCCGGAAAUACCCAGAGAUGGACUCGGAUUCCCGCGCCUUCCUGAAGGACUAUUACCGGGACCACAACAUCGAGCUUUCCAAGCUGCUGUACAAGAUGGGCCAGACCCUGCCCACCUGGCUGCGGGAGGACCUCCAGAACACCAGGUAGCCGUGGCCGCCACAGCCAGACUGAACGUUUGUGACGGCGGGGACACCCUGCCGCGUGCUGAGCCAGACUGACCUGCAGAGUGCGGAGCUGGGCCCGGGCUGGCCAAGCACUUCUGAGCAAUACUCUGCUGAGGCCCAGACAGGGCCAAGAGAAGAGCCCUGGCAGGUCCACAGCACCUCAGAGCAUCCAGUGCUGGGUCUGUGACCUGUAGGACCCCUCUAGCCACCAGAGGUCCAUUCCGUUCACAGCCUUUCAUGGGGAGGCCACUUCCUGUUGGUGGAAGGCCACUUCCUGAUGGGGGGAGUCCAUGAGACUCUCUUUUCUGUUUCUCACUGUGUUCUACCUACCAUACCCUCUCCUUCAUCCCAUCACUCCCUGCCCCAGCAGGAAAUCCCCUCAGUAUUAGCUGCCGUAUCUUCCCUGUCCACCAGACAAAAGGGAGAAGAGCCCAGCUGGGCCUUUUGCCAAACCAGGGAGAGAGACUGGACGUUUCCCUGACUGUUUGGAGCCAGGCCCUUCCAAGAGGUCA